AUGCCUGAACAGUCUUUAUUGCAAAGUUGUAAGACACGAUGGAAUUCAAUCUACUCAAUGCUGGAACGUAUUUUUGAAAACAGGUGUCCAAUUUCUGCUGUGAUGGCUGAUCGAUCUAUAACUUCCACACACAUAGCCCAAAAAUUAGAAAUCUUAGAGCAUCAAUGGUUAAAAAUAGAAACUCUUGUCAUUCUUCUAAAGCCAUUGAAAGUUAUUACGUCGCUUCUAUGUGGAGAAAAUCAUUCACCGACUUCAAUCGUAAGGCCAUUGCUCAAAAAAUUGUUAGACAACCAUUUAAAGCUACAGGAUAAUGACGACCAAAGUAUAACUUAUUUUAAGCAAACUAUUAUUUCUGAUAUUAAAGAACGCUUUAAUCUUGAGUGGGAUUCAGAAAGCAGAGUUUCUGCUCGACAAAUCGCGUCAUUCUUGGAUCCAAGAUAUAAAAAUUUGGAUCAUGAACCCAUAAUUGCACGAGAAAGCAUUCGAUCAUCCGUUAUCAAUUUAUUAAAUAAUAUUGAAAUUGAUGCACAUAAUGUAAAUACACGACGCGAACCAUCACUUCAUAAAAGUGCACUCGAGUUCCUCUACGGUGAUGAUGUUACUGAAGUCAACGAUUUGACGACCUAG